UUGAGGGACCCACGAUCAGGGGAAAGGGUCAGAGAGGCACUUCGACAAGCAGCAGCUGCACGUUUCUCCAGUCUUCAACCUCAACUUUGGCUUCAGCUACCAUUUUUAACACUUGCCUCACACUCUUAUCGUAUAUUCUGUGGAUGAUAACGGUUGACAGCGGCAUAUCGUCACCAUUAAGGGACGGGUUAUUUUCUAUUUUUAUUUUUUAUUACCAGAUUCUAGAAGUGACGGGCAGCGGAGAAGCUCAGCUAGCAGCAGCAGCUAUAACGAGGCUAUAGCAGGCUAGCUAACGUUAGCUAGCGACCUGGCUAGCUGCACACGAGCUGAGCAUUGCUCGGUGGUGGGGUGGGGGGGGCGGCUUGCCUACAGUGUCGUUUGAUGGAUCCGAGAAUCGCCUGGUUUCAACCAGAACAACGUGGACCUGCUAACAACCUGUGGAUGCAGAUUUGGGAGACGACACAGGGGCUCGGGUACUUGCAUGUAAAUAACAGCUACAGCAGCGGAUCUCAGAGCACGUCGAGCCUGAAAGCGGUCGUGAACGGGGCGUCGGGAGCCAUCCUAGCCAGCAGAAACGGGGCACUGGACUCAAACGCCGGCAGCGGUGAAGGCAGGACUCAGGGGAUGUCGACCUCAAUGGGGGACGGGGAAUUAACAGCACAGCGAGACUUUAUACCACUGGAAACCAAUAGCAACCACAACAACCGAGCCGGUGGCAGGGGCGGUGUCGGCGGAGCGGGGCAGCAGCAGCAGGGCAGCGUGGUCGCGGUGCUCUGGAGGGGGCUGACGGACGGACACCCCAACAAAAGAAAAAGAGACAACAAAGCUAGCACUUUCGGAUUCAAUUCCAGCCUCUUGAACAGUGGCAGCGGCUCCAACACAGGAGCCUAUGAUGGUUACACGGGCACGCCAUGGAAAGUCAGGAACUACUCUGAAGGAAUUGUAGGGUUGCACGAGGAGGUCAAUGACUUCUAUGACUACAUCUCCCCGCGGCCGGAGGAGGAGAAGAUGAGACUGGAGGUGGUGGACAGAAUCAAGGGAGUCAUCAAUGACUUGUGGCCCAGUGCUGAGGUCCAGGUGUUUGGGAGUUUCAGCACUGGUCUGUAUCUGCCAACAAGUGACAUUGACUUGGUAGUUUUUGGGAAGUGGGAGACCCUCCCACUCUGGACGCUGGAAGAGGCUCUCCGGAAGAGGAAUGUCGCAGAUGAGAACUCCAUCAAAGUUUUGGACAAGGCCACAGUUCCCAUCAUCAAACUAACAGACUCUUUCACUGAGGUCAAAGUGGACAUCAGCUUCAAUGUGAAAAGUGGCGUUAAAGCUGCCCGGCUCAUCAAGGAAUUCAAAGAGAAAUACCCUGUGCUGCCUUACCUGGUCCUGGUGCUGAAGCAGUUCCUACUGCAGAGGGACCUAAAUGAGGUUUUUACUGGUGGAAUUGGCUCCUACAGUCUCUUCCUCAUGGCUGUCAGCUUCCUACAGCUUCACUACAGGGAGGAUGUGUGCAGUCCCAACAUCAACAUCGGCGUUCUGCUCAUCGAAUUCUUUGAGCUCUACGGUCGCAACUUCAACUACCUGAAAACAGGAAUCAGGAUAAAAGACGGAGGCUGCUACGUUGCCAAAGACGAGGUUCAGAAGAACAUGAUGGACGGCUACAGGCCUUCCAUGCUCUACAUUGAGGACCCGCUCCAGCCAGAUAACGAUGUCGGUCGGAGUUCAUACGGUGCCAUGCAGGUGAAGCAUGCAUUUGACUACGCCUACGUGGUGCUCAGCCACGCUGUGUCACCCAUCGCCAAGUACUAUCCCAAUAAUGAGACAGAGAGCAUACUUGGCCGAAUAAUCAGGGUAACACAGGAAGUGGAUGAGUACAGGGAAUGGAUCAGAAAGAACUGGGGGAGCCCGUCUCAGAAUGAUCUGCCACUCAACAGAAAUGAUGUCACACUGUUUGAGUCCCAGCUACUGUUUGAGUGCAACAACAACGUUCCAGAUGACGAUGACGACAUUGUCGUAGUUCUACCGUCGGCUCCUCACAGCAAAACCUCCUCCAAUUCCUCCUCUCCAUCCCCUUCACUGCGCUCCUCUCCCUCCUCCUCUCCACUGUCGCCUUCCUCUACGACCACAACCUCCAGCUCCAGCGAUGCGGACUCUGAUGGCACGCCGUGUAAGACAGCCAAGCAGCAGUCUGGCCAGGGCUCAGUCGCCCACAGAGAAAAGUCUGCUGUUGUCAAUAAUAACCGAACACAGAGCCACACUAACAGCACUCCAUCUGGAAACAAGGGAGGAAAGGCCAGGAUGUCUCGUUCUCAACAUAAGAGCGGCCACCACGGGCAGCAGAGCUCCUCAUCCAACACCAAAAGUCAUCAGAGCAACAAGCCACACCACCAGGGCAACAGCAAGAAGAGGAAAAAUGUGCGAGACUCUACACAAGAAGACCUCUACAGAUAGGGGUGACUUUGUCUCCCCCCCACCCCCCCACCCCCCUCAAUUUCCUUGUCUGCACCUGACUGACUGUCCUGUCCCACUUCUGCUGCCAGACUCCAGCCUCAGGAGGUUGUUAGAAGUAUUAAAAACAUCUACAGUAUCUGUCUCUCCAUUGAGCUUUUCGGGGUGACAAGCAACAGUUUCUAGCAGGAAAAAAAGAACAAAAAAAAAAAGAAUUGUUAUAGGAAAUGGGGUUUAAUUUCUUGGACUUGAACUGAAAUCACAAAGGAUAAAUGCUCAUUUGCUUCCCAAUAGAGUCUUUAAUGGAGCAGUUUUCCUUCCCACAGCCAGCACCUACACAACAUGCCUCUUGCGCCUCCUGCUGUAAAGGAAUAGACAUGUCGGGUGUCUGGAAUCGACUCUGGAGCAAUACCUGGAACUGCUGGCUGGAAAAAAGGAUGAAAAAUUUUAACAAAAAAAAAGAAGAAAAAAGCAAAUGGCUGAAAAUGUACAAAAACAAAAAUGUCUUGUUGAAUAACAGACAAACAAGUACGCAGAUUUUAUUAAGAUGGUAACUUACAAAUGCAAUCAGUAAGAGUGGGACAUAACUUAUGCAUGAGAUUUUUUUUGUUGGUUGAUUUUUCUGUUUGUUUAAUCUGUUUUGUUAUGUCUAAGCAGGUUAUACAAAGAUUUGUAGAAAAAAACGCAUAAGCAAAAAACUGUAAAAAAAAAAAAAAAAAAAAUACAAGUAAAAAGAAAAUGUUUCAUAUUACCUUUUUACAAGAUAUACCGAUUGAAGACAUGUAAACGUGCACAUCUUGUGCCCUCAGCUUUUUGGCCAAAGUCAAGAGCUGGUUCGGGUCCCAUUGCCAACAUAAAUCAUCAGCAUCUACUUUUACUUCUGGUUGCUCUCUGUGAGUGUGCUACAGUGUUAACAUUUAGCCUUUAGUGAGCCAAUGCUCACAUACAGCCCUAUAGAUGACUGGAUGGAGCCUGAUGUCUCACCCAGCUCAAUAGCACAGCCACACUAGUGUAGAGGCUACAGGUUUAAAUUAAUAAGCGGUGAUAGUGGUUUUAUCGAAGAAUCCUACACUUGAAAAAAAUGUGUUAACAAUACAAAUGUGGGUGAUAAUCUGUUCAUUUGGUAAUUUACCCACUGCAAAAUCAUUUGUAUUUGUUAAAUGUAUUUAUUUUUUUAUUAAUUAAAUGAACAUAGUAUGGAUAAAUGUAUUAUUAACAAUAGAGCCUGUAUCUUUUGAGUCCUAUAUUUGAAGUAGGAUAAGUUGAAGGGAGGGUGGGGUGUUCAGAUACAGUAAAAUUAUCACCUUUAUUAUUUCAUUGUUUUGUUUUUUUUCAGUGACAGUUGAGUGACCAAGUUACCUUGAAAAAUUUGAGCGACCAUUUUACAAGUCCUACGAUGAGAAUUCUGUUUUGAUAUGUGGCUGGUCUACUUACCUUUAAAAGGGAGCUGAUUUUUAUUUUAUUUUAUGAACUAUCAAAGCAACAAAUACUUCAAUAUGUCAACCCCACCACCUGUGUCAUUGCAGUACAACAACUAACCUGUAGAUGGAGUCAUUGUUCUUGGUCUGAGUCCACAGAGUUUGGGCUUGUAUACUGCAUUUGGAGGGUUUAUUCUCUGCGUUAUUUUUGUGAUUGACUUGAUAAUAUUCUGAUAAAUCAAAUGACUGAGCAGCUGCACAUAGAAAACCUGUAGAGCUAAGUGCUUGCUGGAGGGAGUUACACACCAAAGCACACCACAAUCCUCUUAUUGUCUCUCUCCCAACUGUGACAACAAUCACCCACAGUAAAACAAAACAAGUAGCCAGCAAUAACAACCACCUUUCAUGAUGUAUUAUUACUCCACAAUGACAGCUGCAGCCACAGAAUGUCUUGCUCACAGCUGAGCACGUUUAAUUCUUCUGUGUUAAGAAAGUGAAGCACAUUUGAUAAGUCCAUGCACUAACUUACAGCCAAUUAUAUAAGGUGUUGAAAAGUUGAACGGUUUGCCUGUCCCCCCUCAUCCCUCAGUGCUAUAGUUGCGGUUUAAAAUGCAGUAUGUAAGCGCUGGUUUUGUGGUACGGACAAGGAGACAGGUGAAUAAAGUUAGCCAUGCCAUCUGAAUGUCCACUGACCAUCUCUCUUCACUGCAGGAAGGAUUCAAACCCAACUGUACUCAUCUGAAACGUUGUUUCUCUGCAGCUAUUUACAAUUCAUGCAAUAAAAACAGUACAAUUAAA